AUGUCGGCGGCGCAGCUCCUUAACCCGAAGGCCGAGUCAAGACGGCGGGGCGAAGCUCUCAAGGUCAACAUCAGUGCCGGCGAGGGUCUGCAAGAUGUUCUCAAGUCUAACCUGGGCCCUCUGGGCACGAUAAAGAUGCUCGUCGAUGGCGCCGGCCAAAUCAAGCUCACCAAGGAUGGCAACGUCCUCCUCCGCGAGAUGCAAAUCCAGAACCCCACCGCCGUCAUGAUUGCCCGUGCUGCCACCGCUCAAGACGACAUCUGCGGCGACGGUACCACCUCGGUCGUCCUGCUCGUCGGCGAGCUGCUCAAGCAAGCCGACCGUUACAUCAGCGAGGGCCUGCACCCCCGGAUCAUCACCGAUGGUUUCGAGAUAGCCAAGACAGAAGCCCUGAAGUUCCUCGACUCGUUCAAGCUCUCCAAGGAGGUGGACCGCGAGCUGCUCCUGAAUGUGGCGCGGACGUCCCUGGCGACAAAGCUGAACGCUACGCUGGCAAACAAGUUGACGCCUGAUAUUGUCGACGCCGUCCUGGCCAUCUACGAAUCCGGUGCGAAGCCAGAUCUUCACAUGGUCGAGAUCAUGAAGAUGCAGCACCGCACAGCAAGCGACACGCAGCUGAUCAAGGGUCUGGCGCUGGACCACGGUGCACGACACCCAGACAUGCCUAAAAGGGUGGAGAACGCCUAUAUUCUGACGCUGAACGUCAGCUUGGAAUAUGAGAAGACCGAGAUUAACUCGAGCUUCUUCUACUCAAGCGCCGACCAGCGUGACAAGCUCGUCGAGUCCGAGCGCCGGUUCGUGGACGCCAAGCUGAAGAAGAUUGUGGAGCUGAAGAAGGAGGUGUGCGGAAACGACCCCAAGAAGAACUUCGUCAUAAUCAACCAAAAGGGUAUCGACCCUCUCUCGCUGGACGUCCUGGCAAAGAACGGUAUCCUGGCCCUUCGACGUGCCAAGAGGAGGAACAUGGAGAGGCUGCAACUCAUUUGCGGUGGUGUGUCACAGAACAGCGUCGACGACUUGUCACCCGACGUGCUGGGCUGGGCAGGCCAGGUCUACGAGCAGCAGCUGGGCGAGGAGAAGUACACUUUCAUCGAGGACGUCAAGGACCCCAAGUCAGUCACGCUACUGAUCAAGGGUCCCAACGCGCACACCAUCACACAGGUCACAGAUGCGGUCCGCGAUGGCCUGAGGAGCGUGUACAACAUGAUCGUCGACAAGAGCGUUGUGCCUGGCGGUGGUGCGUUCCAGGUUGCAUGCGCGGCCCACCUGAAGAGCGAUGCAUUCGCGAAGACCGUCAAGGGCAAGGCCAAGUGGGGUGUUGAGGCGUUCGCGGAUGCCCUGCUGAUCAUUCCCAAGACACUGGCGGCGAACGCCGGCCACGACGUUCAGGAUGCUUUGGCUUCCCUGCAAGACGAGCACCGCGACGGUGCGAUCGUCGGCUUGGACCUUUCUACUGGCGAGCCAAUGGACCCGACGCUCGAGGGUGUCUUUGACUCUUUCCGCGUGCUGAGGAAUUGCGUUGCGUCCAGCGCCGGUAUCGCCUCGAACCUGCUGCUCUGCGACGAGCUGCUGAAGGCUAGGCAAAUGGGACGCCAGGGUGGCCCUGGACCGGGCAUGGACGGACCUGGAGACAGCAUGUAA